AUGUCAAGCUCGGAAGCGCCAGAAGUCAAGUUCGACAAGCAUUUCAACUGGUGGUCCCUACUGGGCAUCGCGUUCUCAUUGAGUUGUUCGUGGGUCGGCAUCUCUGCGUCUAUGGCGGUCGGUAUCGCCAGUGGUGGCCCGUUACUUAUUAUCUAUGGUUUGAUAAUUGCUGCAUUCUUCAGUCUGAUGUGCGGCAUCUCGCUGGGUGAUUUUGCCUCUAUACUUCCGAACAGCAGUGGUGGUUCGUUCUGGGUUCUUAAGAUGUUGGAACAGGAACCAGGAACAUUGAAAACUCCUGACUACGAGGACACUUCUGACGAUGAUGAAGAGGUAUUUCUGGAGACCUAUUGCCAAACGUGCAACGUCGAAAUCUCUUCCAGACUUCAGAAGGCCACUYCCAUGGUUGUGGGGUUGCUGAACUAUUUCGGUGCCAUUUUUACCACCGCCAGUGUCUGUUCGUCAUUAUCGAUGAGUUGUAUUGGUAUUCAUAAACUGUUGCACCCCGAGUAUGAACUGAAACACUGGCAUGUAUUUGUAGGUUAUCAGUGCAUUAAUGCCACUUUGACGCUUUUCAACGUCUAUUCGUCUCCGUUGCCUUACAUCUCUCAGUUUGGGCUUUACACAUCCCUUUUGUCUUUUGCCAUGACAUUUAUCAUUUGUAUUGUUUCAAGAUCCAAUAACACAGUGGACCCAUGGCCCAAGGCUUCGAACGUCUUUGGAAACUUCGAUAAUCAAACGGGCUGGAAUUCCUCCGGUAUGGCGUUUGUUGUGGGCUUGGUCAAUCCGAUAUGGGCGUUUGUCGGGAUAGAUUCUGCUACGCACAUGAUUGACGAAGUCGGUUACAGCAAAUCGCGUUUCUUGGUUCCUAAGGUCAUUAUAACCACCAUCGUCGUGGGGUUCAUAACAGGUUUUAUUUAUUGUGUCGGUUUGUUUUUCUGCAUCACUGACAAAACGGCUGUCGUCGAAUCCAUUCUACCCAUCGUGGAAAUAUUUUAUCAAGCCACAGGUAAUAGAAAUCUCAGUGUGUUUUUACAAUGCAUGUGCAUCACCACAGGUUACGUUGCAGGUAUCGCUAGCGGUACCUGGCAAAGUCGAAUCUUACAGUCAUUCGGUAAAAGUUAUGCACCAUUUUAUAAAGAAGGUUCGCUGGGAAACAAGUCACUAAAAAAGCUGGCAACUUUGACACCCGGGUUCAAAUCUCCAUUAUACGCUCACUUUUUGUCGCAGAUCUGUGUUACAAUCAUUGGCUGUAUUUUUAUGGGAUCUAGCACUGCAUUCAAUGCAAUAAUCACUGCAUGUAUUACCUUGCUACUCAUGUCAUAUGCAGUUCCCUCCUUUAUAUUUGUCUUUGUUAUCAAUAAGGAAAACUUCACCAGUAGAAUCGAAAACGAUAUAAAUGGUAUUAGCCGACCUAAGACUCGCCGUAUGUCAACGAUCCCCCACAUUAUCUGCAUCCUAUGGACCUUAUUUUGCCUAAUAUUCUUGUCGUUUCCAUACACGUUGCCAGUCACAGCAGGGAACAUGAACUACACUUCGGUUGUGUACGCAGUAGUUUUCUGUAUUAUCAGCAUUGUUGUCUUUCCUGCUUGCAGGCAAUGA